CUACCUCCUCCUUCUCCUCCUCCCAAGGCGAUUGUCAUGUGAUGGCAAAGAAGUGGCACAUUAAUGAAGCGCCUCUGCAGGGGUCUUUUCUGCUCAUGUCACCCCAUAAAAACUAUCAGAUGGUUAGAGGAAGGACAUGGAGGCAGCUACUUAGCUCACCUUAACCGAGCAAGAGGGGAAGAGAGAGAGAGGAGCUCGAGCCAUUCAGCUGCCAGACGAAGAGGAAGCUUGUGUUUCUUGUAAGACUGAAGAGAAGAUCAGAGUUGCAGAACAAGAAGAACAACAACAAGAAGUAGAAGAAACACCACCACCACAAGAAGAAGAAUCUGGGUUGUUUUGUUUUUGUUUUGUUUCAUUUUUUUCAAUUGCGGACUGCAGCCAAGUUCUGACUUUUCCACUCCUACAUAACCAGCGGAUGGUCCACCCGUGCAACUUCUCUUCUCUCUCGUCUCUCAACUUUGUGUUACUUCAUGACCCGUUCGAGAGUCGCUUCUAACUCCUAAUUUUUCGGGACUCUGCUCCACUCUCAUUCCUCCUCCUUCCAAAAAAGAAGAAGACCGCGCUCAGUGUUGAAGCCAACGCGCCUCAGGAAUCAUCCAGAAUGCCUCGCCCGGGCAGGAACACCUACAGCGACCAGAAGCCGCCCUACUCCUACAUCUCCCUGACAGCCAUGGCCAUCCAAAGCUGCCCGGAGAAGAUGUUGCCGCUGAGCGAGAUCUACAAAUUUAUCAUGGACAGGUUCCCCUACUACCGCGAGAACACGCAGCGCUGGCAGAACUCCCUGCGCCACAACCUCUCGUUUAACGACUGCUUUAUCAAGAUCCCGCGGCGGCCCGAUCAGCCCGGCAAGGGCAGCUUCUGGGCGCUGCACCCCAGCUGCGGCGACAUGUUCGAGAACGGAAGCUUCCUGCGGCGCCGUAAGCGUUUCAAGGUGCUCAUGGCUGACCCGCUUGCCAUGGCGGCGGGCGCCAAGCCGUCCGAGGCGGCGCACUACCUGCAGCAGCAGCAUGCCAAGUUGCGGCUGAGUGCUCUGGCCGCCACCGGGACGCACCUGCCGCCCGUGGCCGGCUACAACUUGGGCGCCGCGUCGCCCGCCUCCACCUUCAAGCACCCGUUCGCCAUCGAGAACAUCAUCGCGCGCGAGUACAAGGUGCCCGGCGGCCUGGCCUUCUCGGCUAUGCAGUCCAUGUCUGCGGGGUAUCCGCUGCACGGGCAGUUGGGCAGUGCGUGGCCGCACGUUUACGGCACCGGAGCGGCGGACACGACAGCGCCCAUCUCAAUGGCAAGCGACUACGGCGCGUACGGCGUGCCCAUCAAGUCGCUGUGCCACGGCGGCCAGACGCUGCCCGCUAUCCCCGUGCCAAUCAAAGCCACGCCAGCGUCCGUGGCUGGUCUGUCCGCGCUGCCGCACCACCUGCCCGCCUUUCUCUCGAACUCGCCGCAGUCGUUGAGCCCCACGUCGCCACACGCCGCCGCCAGCCAAAGCAGCCCGGGCGCGCCCAGCGACGCACUCACCAGUCCCGCCGCCCUCCAGUCCGUGGCCGUGCACUGACGUGGACACUCAAAAAAUAUUAAAUAAUAAUAAACAAAACAAGCAGUGCGAUGGGGAAACGGUGGUGUGGAGGCGACGGCACGAACUAGACACUUUCUCCAAAGUUGGACUGUUUCAAUUUUUAUGAAAUUCCGAGGCAAGAUCUGUCCGUGUUGCAAUGUUGUUACUUUUCUGUGUAUGUGUUUUAUCCGUUUUUAAUGUGUGUUGCUUUAAAUAGUGCGCUGUAUGAGCACACGGAUUGAGAACACAUAUAGGCCUGGCAUAUUACUGUAAUUUUUUUUUUUUUUUU